AACAAGUCACAGCUCUCACGCAAAUUGAACACUUUGCUCUCGUGUCUUUCGGAAAUCUUGAUAUGUUAUAGGUAAUUGUCAGUUACAACAUACUGAAACACUUCGAUUUAAACGACACUGUAGUGUUUAGCGUCAUUUCUUAAACAGUUUAAAGUCUGGAUAGCUAUCUUUAGAAAUGUGAAAACGUUGAGCUUGUCCGAGAUCUACUUCCUUUCUGUAGUAUGCUGGAUAUAAAGUACACUUUUUAUCUUCCAAACUGGAGUAAAUACAGGUGAUUCAACAAAUUUUACAAAAGAGAGAUUCCUUCACCGGAACUUUAUAUCCGAUUUAAAAGAUCUGGUUGCGGUCAGCUAGAAGCUAACCAAGAGGAUUUUACACACACUCGUCAUUGUGUUAUUUAAAUCUUCAAAUGGGAGAAGUCGCUCGAAAAUAACCACAUUUAUUACUACCGCAAUUGAGAGGAAGUCCUGUGUCAUAUUUUGCACUUAACAUGAAUCCGCCGUCAACAGAGGGUCAUGAGAAGAGAAAGAGACUUGAGUUUUCUAUCUCCAGUGACGGAUCGGGAGACACGGACUAUAGCCAGGGCUAUUACAGUGAGGAGGCCCGCGAUAGCCUGGCAGAUCUCCUACCCAAAAUGCAAAGAACACCAAGCUGUGUUUCCAAUUUUACGCAAUGUGCUAAUCAACAGAAAUUGGAUGAUCUCUACAAAUCUUACACUAAACUGAAGAUUUAUUUCUGCGUUUUGUGUGUGGUUAACGUCAUUAUCAUCCUGCUUGUUUGUAUCUUUUUCGCUGUGUUUUUCAUUCGCUUCUCGCAUGACGAUAAUGGCUUGGACAAUUCGUUUAUAAAUCCAACACGAGGGGAACAGAACUUGAAUCCCAAUACUGGUCGAGCGGAUGCUCUCUCAGCAACGACAAAACGACCUCAAAUAGUUCCCAACGCAGAAAUCCGGUGCUCUGUCCUCAAACACAAACUAAAUGCUACUGGUUUUGACAGCAGAGAAACGUGUUCUCUUGAGGAUAUGGUCGAUUCUAUUGCAAAGUAUCUUAAGCCAAGAGAAUACAAUGAUGUUUUGCAUCUCACUGAGGGUACACCAGAAAAAGAUGGUUCAGACUGCUUCCUGAAACAAUGGAAAAAGGACAAAGACAGUUCUUCUCCAAGUUCGGCGGGCCUAAAUUUCAACCAACAGAGAGGGACCAUUAUUAUACCAUCCAAUGGCUAUUACUAUGUUUACAGUCGCCUGACGUUCAAGUAUAACUCGAGAAUCAGCCCGGAACAGGCACAAAAACUGCAGUUAAAAGACAUUAAGCAUACCAUCGAGAAGAGUCGAGCUCUUUCCUCCCAAUACAGUUCAGUGCAAUCCACUUCAAUUCAGUGUACCAAAACUUCUUUUGUCCACAGCAGCUUCCUCCAGAGAGUGCUGUAUAUGGAAAAGGGAGACGAACUUAGAGUGAAAAUGUCUGAUUCGGGUAAAAUUCAGUACGAUGAGAAAUACAAGCACGAGAACUACUUCGGAAUCUUCAAGUUAUGAUAGAUCCAACAAACUGAGGUUACAUCUCAGAUUAAACGUUUUUCAUAGAAAGACGUGACAGUAGUUCUGUGUACAGCCCAGAGCGCCCAUUGUGAAAAAAUCCUCUUCUUUCAAAAAGUGGCCUUGUUGACUUCCUUUUUAUGUAGUGACAAGAAUUCUGUGAUCAGCACUGUGAGUUGCUCUUUUGACAUUACCCAUGUGCCAAACCGACUAGAUAGCGGGCAGAGUAUGCCACGAAGUUUAAGAUGUUUGAAGAAAUACCGGUACGAAUUAAAAAUUCGCAUUAAGAAGUUAUGAACUUCUGUGAUAGUUUGCAUUACAAUAGCUAAUACUGCAAUAUGCUUGCAUCAGAUUACAGGAAUUUUAAUUGCUAACACCCAUUAUUAUACAUGUAUUAUAUAAGUAUAAACCUGGUAUUAAUACCGUCCUGUGUUUAACAUGUGAUUUAUGUUUAUUAUACAAUUAUAUCUUGUCACUGUUGUACAUGUAUUGAAAUAGUUUUUUGCAUGUAAAAUUCUUAACUGUAGUCGAUUCUAUAUUACUAAUGUCACUGAAAAACCAUGAAACACCAACAAAUGCAAAAAGGGGACAUAACCAUGUGUAUACUAUACAGGACCCACAACCGGGUCUAUUACUAGUCAAUCGAGUGAGACCACGAGAAAUAUGCUCAAAUGCUCAUGGUUAUUACAAAUUCCCUUUAAUACCUGAUCUCAGUUGUAUAAUGUUUGUCAACUUCCAAAUGGCUUUUUCAUGUUCCAUAUUGUGUGUGUGUCAUUAUUCAGUAUAUUGUCGUUAUUAACUGGUGAAAAUGUUGAUCAAAAUGUAUUCAUUUUAAAAAAUAUAGUGCUGUAUAAAAAAUAUAGUGCUCUGCAAGUUGUGUCAGUUAUGAAAUGGCUAGUAUGUUCGUAAUAAAUCUGUUAUUAUAGUGAUAUAAUCAUUGUUAUUAAAAAGUUAUUGUGAUAAAAUAAAUUUUGAAUAUUG